UUCGACACCCCCAUCACGUUCGAUUUAUGCUCCUCCAGCAAGAAUCGGAUCACCAUAUGAAAAAACCAACCAGAAUACUGCUAAACAGAACGAAUCUUUUCUACUGUCAUUGGAGAGUCAGAAUAAUGAUGAGUUGGAAGGAAUGGGGCAAAAAGUAGCCAUGCUAAAGAAUUUGGGGGUGAGAAUGGGCAGCGAAAUCAAUAAAUCGAUCCAAUUAAAUGAAGAUAUAACAAAUACUUUUGAAAAAGGGAAGAUCACUUUGAAAAAUACCUACAAUAAGAUGGUAGUCAUGAGUCAACGUGCUGGUAUCACUUGGAAAAUGUGGUUGGGGGUAUUCCUUAUUGUAUUCCUUUGGUUUUUCUAUGUUUGGAUUUUUUGAAAUUAGAAAAUUUUAAUUUUGUAAAAUACGAAUAGGUUUGAACUAUACCAAUGAUUUAUGUUCAGUUCUAAUGUCUAAUUUAUUGUUUUCACCUUGUUUUCUUUCUAUUAUUAUUAAAUUUUGCAUCCAUAAUUGCUAGUCUUAUAAUGUGCUCCUUUAUUUUCCGUUCAUCAUUCU